CCAAGCCAGAUUGGCUGUUGAACUUCAGCUUGGUUACGUUUGCUCAAGGCGUGGCAAAAGCUUCCCCAUAAAGGAGAGCAGGGAUUGGGCCAGCCCGUGUCUCUCUGGGGGUGCUGGCUGGAGUCACGCCGGAGGUGCUGCAGGUAAAAAACAUCCCUUGGUGUUUUAUUUAGCACGUGAUGAAGCAGGUGAAAUACAGGUAAUAGGGCUGGAAAAGCACCACAGACACAUUGAGAGGGAUUUGCCUUGGAGAGACAGAAUAAAUUAGAGUCCCUAUCCUUAAUUUUACCUGGAGGGGAAGAAGAGAUGAAUCUGCCAUCCUAGAAAGAGGCUCCUCUGUAAAACGGAGCUGAAGGAACCAGGAGGCAAGGCAGGCUGCACAACCUUCUUGCUACUUCUCUGAGCCCUGAAACCACAGCAGAAGCUUUCAGCUGAAGGGACAUCCCCAGGAGCUGGUGCCCAGGAAAAGGGCACAAUGCUCGCUCCCAUGCCAGAGCGGGGCUGGCAAACCACAGGAGCCACAGGAAACCUCUGGAACCUGAAGAAAUUUAACAGCCAGGACUUCAGGGACCUGCAAGCCUCGUGCCUGAGCCGAGGGCUGCUCUUUGAGGAUGCCACCUUCCCUGCCCACGCCAGCUCCAUCGGUCCCACCCUGCUCCCGGAGGAGAAGCUCCGGCAGAUCCAGUGGAAGAGGCCAACGGAACUUCAGAGAAAUCCUUAUUUGAUCAUGGAUGGAGUUAGCAGAUUUGACAUCAUGCAAGGAGAAAUAGGUGACUGCUGGAUGCUGGCUGCCCUGGGCUCCCUGACACUGCGAAAACAAUUUUUGGAAAAUGUUUUACCCAAGGACCAAGGAUUCCAGGAAGAUUAUGCUGGGAUUUUUCAUUUCCGGUUCUGGCAAUAUGGAGAAUGGGUGGAUGUAGUGAUAGAUGACCGGCUGCCAUUCCUAAAUGGAAGAUACCUCUCUGUACACCCCCGAACUUCAAAUGAAUUCUGGCCAUCCUUGCUGGAAAAAGCAUAUGCCAAGCUGCAGGGCUCCUACCAGAACUUGAAUGGAGGCUACCUUUCAGAUGCUUUAGUAGACUUCACAGGUGGAGUCCAAGUGCAGUUUUCAUUGAAGGAUCCACCUCCUGAUCUGGAGGAGAUCCUGAAAGCAGCUGACAAAUCUCGGUGUCUCAUGGGGUGCAGCACCUCAGUCCAGUCAAGGAGGAACAUAGAGCUGAGGAAUGGCAUUGUACAGGGCCAUGCCUACACCGUCACAGGAGCUGUGAAGAUCCCCUACAAGAAUGGCUGGAAGCAUAUCAUCAGGAUCUGGAAUCCGUGGGGCCAUGGGGAGUGGAAGGGGCCCUGGAGUGAUAACUCUCCUCAGUGGGACCGUGUUGAGCCUAAAUACAGAGAAGCCCUCCUCAGAAAUAAGGAUGAUGGAGAAUUCUGGAUGUCCUGUAAGAACUUCCAGGAGCAGUUUUCAUGGCUGUAUAUAUGCAACAACACCCCAACAUUCCUGGACUUUGGAGAUGAGCACCGCACAACGGCGUGGUCUCUGAACAGCUACACCGGCCUGUGGAGGCCGGGCCUUCCCACCAGGAGGAGCCGCUAUUCCCAGGCAGGUGCAGCUUCUACAAACCCCCAGUAUUUUUUCAAAGUGCUGGAUCACAACCCAAAAACCUGUAAUGUAGCAGUUUCACUCAUGCAAAAACACGCUGAGCAUGUGCAGGAUGGAAAAAACCUGAGGAUUGGCUUUUUCCUCACCACGGAGAACUCCAGAGUUCUGAAGCAAACCUUUCUCCAGAGUCGAGAUGUGACCAGCUACUUCAUCCUGAGCCCAGGAACUUAUGCUGUUGUUCCUGCUGCAGCAGAGGACCAGGAAUUUGAAUUUCUCUUACGAAUUUUCAUAAAGAAUCAAGACUACCAUGAGAACUCAAGCUCCCUGACCAGCCCAGGGCUGCCGAUGGAUGUACCAAAGCAGAACCAGGGCAGCUCCUAUAAGGCUCUUUUCCUAAAAUACGCUAAGCAGGGCUCAACUAUUGAUGCCUCGCAGCUGCAACAACUCCUCAAUGAAGUGAUCUCACAAGAUGAAAUGACCAGCCUGGGAGGGACGUUCAGCUUUGAUUCAUGCAGAGGCAUUUUAGCUCUGAUGGAUCUCAACUCGAACGGAAGACUCACCCUGCAGGAGUUCGGGAGCCUCUGGCGAAGCCUCACUAAGUACAUGGAUAUCUUCUUCAAGGAAGACAGGAACCGUUCUGGAUUUCUGGAUAUUGCUGAACUGGAGAACGCCAUACAGGCAGCAGGUCUGGCCAGCGACGCGCAGCUGCUGCGCCUGAUGACGCUGCGCUACGGCGACGGCGCCGGCAGGGUUGGCUUCUGCGACUUCGUGUGCUGCAUGCUGCGCCUCGACACCAUGAGCCAUGCAUUCCAAAACUUAGCAGAGGGCGGAUCACAAAUUUUGAUGACAGCAAUGGAGUGGCUGACCCUUGUCAUGUACACCUAGAGAGAUGCCAGAGGUCAUGGUGACUUUUCUUCCUCCUCACAGAGCAGUGUCAAGGCCAUCCCAUAAAAAACCAUCUUGAAAAACCACUGGAGGUGGUGAAGGAGUGAAGCCAGGUGUCCUCAUGCUUGGUGGCACUCCAAGCUGCUG